UAACAAGUAGCUCGGAUGUCCGGGCGCCUCUUCUUUCCGGAGGGAGUUGUCCCUACGUCUGCCCCAGCGCUGUGAAAUGACUGUUGUAUAUUCAUGGCAUUGCUUUACCUGUACCGGUGAAUGAAAACUGAUAAAGUGACUUUAUGGAAUCAAGUAGGGGGAUUAGUGGUAAUUGACGUGCACAGGUGUCGACGGAAUAGAAAAUUUAAAGUCAGUGUGACCCAAGAUAGACAUAUUUAGAUAUAUAAUACAAUUUCUUUAGUGGAAGAUAAAUCUUGGUCGUAUAGUUGAAAAUUUAAGUUUUCUGUAGGAGCACGAAACUAUCGGGUGAUGAAUGGAAAAAUGUGUUGAAAUCAAGAUUUGACAUCGAGCUUCAGUUGCCCUAGCUACCUGCUUGUCGACUUAGCACCUUAUAGAGUUCUUGAAGUAGUUUUAACGGAUUUAAACAUAUUCAAUGAGUGAAAAAUUUCCUCUGUGUGGCCGGGGAAGCUAUCUCCUCAAUCAAGACUUCUUCUGAGCUAAUAAUGGUACAUGCCGUGAUUGAUUGCUCUAGUAGAAAUCUAUGACAGCUUCUUAUCGAACUUUGGAUCCCUUCUUAGAAGGAAUUAGUCUCCAGAAAGGCCGUUGUGUUAAACGUUUGUGUAGGAUACCGAGGAAUUGCGAGGAGUCGUUACACAUUUCAUAACGAAUUGCUGAUUGGUGGAGUCCGAGUUUGGACAAACCAGUGCGGACUGUCCCUUGGAGUAUGUUUCAGUGAUGACGAAGUACACAAAACGAUCGCAGUAUUAUUUAUUGUUAAUAUAGAGAACUUUAUUAAUAUUGUGAUUGGAUUUUGUAUGGAGUUCAUUGACCUUGUGCGAGGUUGACGUUUUACAAAAUAUGUUUCUUUGGAUAUUGAUACCAUCAACGAUUUUCCGCCCUUUAUAAAUUUGCCCGCGAAGGUGUCGUCUGCUAGUGAUAUUAUACCGGCAGAUGGCGUCUAUAUACAGGAGGCGUACCAGUAGCGGCUUCUGUCUGUUGUCCGCGAGGCUGGCAGUUGUAGACAAAGAUUCGUCCUCCAAAAGGGCGAUGGAUUGUACCACGCCGGACGGUCUUGACUUCCCGGACGACGCCAUAGACAAGGUUGCUAGGGCCAACUCCGUCAGGCUAGAAUCAAAUGGCAUUCUACCGGAAGUGCGCGCUUCGCCGUGCCCUAUGCAUAGUAAAUACGAUAAGAAAACUGAUCUUAUGUACAUGUCGAAUCACCAUGGAGGUUCAGCUCCUCAAUAUGUGAAAAAGAACGGGAAAGUGCGCAGAAUGGUUUCCAACUCAUCACUAGACAAUGAUUUCAGUGCUAACAAAGAAACGAAAGAGGACUUGGCAGUAGUUGGCAGAAUGCCAAGUAAAACUUCACUUCCUGGAAAUAUGCCUUCCAAAGAAUUUGUGAUGACAUGGCUUAUGUAUGGGUCGGAACCCGGAAGUGGAAAUCAUUUUCCCGAACUUGUUAAAAGUGACAGUUCCGCAAAGAAAUCUCGAGGCAAACCCGCUCUCAGAAAGGGAUCGACAAAGGACCUUACUUUUGGCGAAUGAUAGACUCAUUGUGGAUAAUAAGUGAAAAAUAGUUACACGAUUGUGACGAAAUAGACACUCGAAGUAGAGGGAAACCUGUGAAGUGUGUCCUCAAUUUGUGUCAAAUUUACAAUUUAAAAAGUGUAUGGAUUAAUGUGUAACCAUUUCCCGGAUAUCGGAUUUUUUUUUUUUUUUUUUUUUUUUGUAACUAGGAUGAUUGUCUAAACAUUUACAUGAGAAACGUCUUCAAUAUGAAAAAUUACAUCUACAAAACAAAGGAAUUCGGCCUUGUUCUCAACGCUCACCAGACACCUUAUAUUUAAUGUUCCGAUGACCAGUCAUUCAACGGGCACAUUUUGUGGCGUGCCAAAAGUCUUUCACGUUACGUUUAUGUACGUUUUCAAUAGGAUUCUGUGAUGACUUAAGUUUUUUUAACGAAUUUUCACGUCUUCGCUUGAAAAUGAUGUAAUAUGCUGUAACAAAAUAGCUGACAGGUUCCUACUUGGUUCAUCAUUAUUAUUUGUUGUGUUGAAAAGAUAAACAAUUUCAUUUCUCUCCAUAAAAAGGUAUGGUCGGUAACAUUCUUAUUGGCGAUGAUGUUGUAUUUUGCCGUAAAACUUCUUUGGCAAUCUAUUGGUAGUGAUAUUAAGUUACCCAUAAUUCCCUUGUGGUUAAAAAUAAUAAACAACGACGAUGUCAUUGAAAUUUAUUUUGAGAAGUGAACUAAAAUAAUGUUCAAAGAUGAAAUAAUUUGCUCUUAACUGUAAUCUAGAUCAAAAUGAUUACGUGCCUGUCCUCAUUUGUCUACCCUCAUUUGUCUUCUGAUUUGCCAAACCUCAUUUUCUAACCCCAUAAAGCUUUCCUCUCUCUUUUCAGAUUUGACAAACCCCAUUUUUAACAACUACUUCCGGAAUUAGAAACCCUCAUUUUUUUACAAUCACAUUAGGAUUUGAUAAACCUCAUCUUCUUUCCCGUGUCUUUCAUUCGAAUUUAUCUAACCUUGUUCAUCUUCCCUCAUAUGUAUACUCUCCAUUUUCUAUCCUUAUUUGUCUAGUUUCAUUUUCUGUCUAUUAUCGUUUCAUAAGAACAUUUACAUAAGUGAAUUUAACAAUCCAUAAAUGAGCGGAAUUAUGGGUAAUCCAUAAAUGUCGUUUCUGAUAACCAGUAGAUAUGGACAGCCUGGGGAGCUUGGUAUAUACAGACCAGGGGCGUUUGUUAUUUCAAUAUUAUUGAAUUUCGUUGAAUUAUUCUCCUUCAAACACACGAAAUUUUAAGAUUGAAAAAAACCCCACUAAUAUGCAAAUCGUGUUUCCCGGUCGGUACGUAACACUGGACAGGGUUUCGACAUUGUAAUUCCUCUAACAACAAAAUGUUCCGUCUAGAAGCAGACCGAUAGACUUCUUUUCAGAGCUACAUGUCAAGGGAAAACAGAACGAAUAUUGUUCACAAAUUGAAUGUUUUAAUUAUUUGUGAAUAAAAACUUAACAGUUUUCAUA